CCUCGAUCGCCUGCGGCUGGCGCGGGAGCCGCCCUCGGCGCGCUGCGGAGCGGGACCGGAGCGGCGGGCUCUGCCUCCUCCCGGCUCUGGGGACGGAUCCGGGAGUCGGCACCGGAGCCACAGACGGCGUCCCCGGCGGCUGAGCGCGGCAGCUUUUGCUGUGAUACAUAGUCCUUAAGAUAAAGGACAGGAAGAGGCAGGAGAAGGAGGACCCUGACCAACAAAGGCCACUGACUUCUAUGGAAUAAACAAAGUCCAGACAGCUACCUUGUUCGGAGUGUCAGAGAUUUCCUCUGGGUCAUCCAAAAUGCUUUUAAAACGUAUUGGAUAAGAACUGAGCCACCUGCCUGUGUGGGACUUCCAUACUCUCAGCUCCACUGUCUUCUGAUGGCAUUUUGACUGCAUCGAGGCCAAGUGACCCACUGCUCAUGAUGAGUGACGAGAAGAACCUUGGGGUGUCCCAAAAACUGGUCUCCCCUUCAAGGAGCACAAGUAGCUGCUCCUCCAAGCAGGGAAGUCGACAGGACAGCUGGGAAGUGGUGGAAGGGCUGAGAGGAGAGAUGAGUUACACCCAGGAGCCACCCAUCCAGAAAGGAUUUUUGCUGAAAAAGAGGAAAUGGCCCUUGAAAGGCUGGCACAAGAGAUUUUUCUAUCUGGACAAAGGGAUUUUGAAAUAUGCCAAGAGCCAGACGGAUAUAGAGAGAGAGAAGCUCCAUGGCUGCAUUGAUGUUGGGCUCUCGGUAAUGUCCGUAAAGAAGUCAUCAAAAUGCAUAGAUCUGGAUACGGAAGAGCACAUUUACCAUCUGAAGGUCAAGUCAGAAGAAAUCUUUGAUGAGUGGGUCUCCAAACUCCGCCACCACAGAAUGUAUCGUCAGAAUGAAAUCGCCAUGUUUCCACACGAGGUUAAUCACUACUUCCCAGGAUCCACUGUCACAGACUCUGCACCUGGGGUCUUGGACUCCAUUUCAAGUAGGAAGCGUAGCAGUAUAUCAAAGCAGAACUCGAUUCAAACUGGAAGCAAUUUAUCAUUUUCUUGUGGUGGUGAGACACGAGUUCCAUUAUGGUUACAGUCUUCAGAGGACAUGGAAAAAUGCUCAAAAGACCUGGCACACUGUCAUGCCUACCUGGUGGAAAUGAGCCAGCUCCUACAGAAUAUGGAUGUUCUGCAUCGGACAUAUUCGGCGCCGGCUAUCAAUGCCAUCCAGGGUGGAGCUUUUGAAAGUCCCAAAAAGGAAAAAAGAUCACACAGGAGGUGGCGGUCCAGAGCUAUUGGCAAAGAUGCUAAAGGAAUGCUACAGGUCCCUAAACCUUUCUCGGGCCCAAUAAGACUUCAUUCCUCCAACCCUAAUUUGUCAACAUUAGAUUUUGGAGAAGAGAAAAAUUAUUCUGAUGGCUCUGAAACCUCAUCAGAGUUUUCUAAAAUGCAAGAAGACCUGUGUCAUAUUGCACAUAAAGUUUACUUCGCUUUAAGGUCAGCUUUUAAUACCAUAUCGACGGAGAGAGAGAAGCUGAAGCAGCUGAUGGAACAGGAUGUCUCCUCCUCCCCCUCUGCCCAGGUCAUUGGCCUGAAGCGUGCCCUGUCAUCCGCCCUAGCACAAAACACAGACCUUAAAGAACGCUUAUGCAGAAUCCAUGCUGAGUCUCUGCUCCUCGAUCCCCCCGCUGCUGCCAAGUCGGGUGACAGUCUGGCAGAGGAAAACUUGAGAGAUGACAACCGAGCUCUGGUCCAUCAGCUUUCCAACGAGAGCAGACUCUCCAUCACUGAUUCCCUUUCAGAGUUUUUUGAUGCACAGGAAGUUCUAUUAUCUCCAAGCUCAUCAGAAAAUGAGAUUUCUGAAGAUGACUCCUAUGUCAGUGACAUAAGUGAUAAUCUUUCCUUAGAUAAUCUCAGUAAUGAUUUAGAUAAUGAGAGACAGACCUUGGGGCCUGUGCUUGAAAGUGGUGGAGAAGCCAAGUCCAGAAGAAGAACUUGCUUGCCGGCUCCGUGCCCCAACGCAAGUAACAUCAGUUUGUGGAACAUCCUGAGGAAUAACAUCGGGAAGGAUCUGUCUAAGGUGGCAAUGCCAGUGGAGCUGAAUGAACCCCUGAACACACUGCAGCGGCUCUGCGAGGAGCUGGAGUACAGUGAGCUUCUGGACAAGGCCGCACAAAUCCCCAGUGCCUUGGAAAGGAUGGUGUAUGUGGCAGCCUUUGCUGUAUCGGCGUAUGCAUCCAGCUACUUCCGAGCCGGGAGCAAGCCCUUUAAUCCUGUUCUUGGAGAAACCUAUGAGUGUAUCCGUGAGGACAAAGGCUUCCGUUUUUUUUCCGAACAGGUCAGCCACCAUCCACCUAUCUCUGCAUGUCAUGCUGAGUCUGGAAAUUUUGUUUUCUGGCAAGAUGUGAGAUGGAAAAACAAAUUCUGGGGCAAAUCCAUGGAAAUUGUUCCCAUUGGCACGACCCAUGUGACUCUACCAGCCUUUGGAGAUCAUUUUGAGUGGAACAAAGUGACCUCUUGCAUCCAUAACAUCUUAAGUGGGCAGAGAUGGAUUGAGCACUAUGGAGAGAUUGUCAUCAAGAACCUGAAUGAUGACUCCUGCCACUGCAAAGUGAAUUUUAUAAAGGCAAAAUACUGGAGCACUAAUGCUCGUGAGAUUGAAGGUACAGUGUUUGACAAGAAUGGAAAGGCGGUGCAUCGGCUAUUCGGGAAGUGGCAUGAAAGCAUCUACUGCGGUGGCUCCUCCUCAUCCGCUUGUGUCUGGAGAGCGAACCCCAUGCCAAAAGGCUAUGAGCAAUAUUAUGGCUUCACACAAUUUGCACUAGAAUUAAAUGAAAUGGAUCCAUUUUCAAAGCCUUUAUUACCACCUACUGACACUCGGUUUAGACCAGACCAAAGGUUCCUCGAAGAAGGGAAUAUAGAAGAAGCUGAAAUACAAAAGCAGAGGAUUGAGCAGCUGCAGCGAGAGAGGCGGCGGGUCUUGGAAGAAAACAGCGUGGAGCACCAGCCACGGUUUUUCAGGAAAUCCAGUGAUGACUCCUGGGUGAGCAAUGGCACCUAUUUAGAACUUAGAAAAGAUCUUGGUUUUUCCAAACUGGACCAUCCUGUCUUGUGGUGAAGAAGGAAAGAAGAAUGAUGCACCCUUAGACUUCUCCUGUGUUUGCUUUCCAAAGCCACAAACCUGUGUCUAUGUAUUUAGGAGAAAUUAUCUAGAAUGAUCACCUGUGCUUAGCUUAGCAUUGUAAGUAUUUAUGUAUUUUCUUCAGUAGGUUUCUUUACAAUUUCAAAUGCUAUCAUGAUUGUUUAUAUGAAUGUAGAACACCUUGAUAUUUCAUUUUAUAUAUAAACUAUUUAAUAAAAAUGAAAGAUUGAAUGUUAAUGUGUGGGUUAAAAAAAAAGCAGCUUUAACACUAAUUUUCCAAAGGUUAGGAAAAUUCAAAUUAAAUUUAUGCCUUAUAAAAUUGUGUUGGAGAAAAAAAUUUAUCUCUCCCAGGUGCAUUAAGAAAUAAGAAUACGCAGGGUUACUCACUCGUGCGUAAGCUACCCAAGUUUAAUUUGGUAGCUCAGAUAUCUUUUUGCCUCCGACAGCUCUUGAAUUGCUCAUACAGAACAAUUCUGCUGGUGCUGGAGUCUGAAGAAUGUUUGCAUUUGCAUUUUGGUGGUUGGGAGGAUGGCAUAAGAUUAGUGGAAUGUAUGUUUUUAUAUCAGAUAGAUGUGGCACCUUCCUGAAGAGGAGGAAGCAUUUGAGCUCAUCCCUCCCUAGAGUUUUAUUGCCUUAUGUGCAAAAUUGUACCGUUACUCAGAGAAAUUGUCAUUAAUCUGACAAAUUCCCAUUAAUUAAAUGCUAGAGUGGCAUCCCAGAGAUCCAGUAGGAGAUUCUCCUUCGUGAGAACUGAAUUCUUGACAAGUUAACUUUUUUGCUUCCCACUCCCCCACCCCCACCCCCAGCACUAGGUUCCCCACCCUUUACUCUAGCUCUGUUGAAUGUGGAAUGUUCCAGUUUAGCAUAAAACAUACAGUACAUUCCACACUGCAGUUUGACUUUCUAAAGGUUUAGCAAAAUAACUGAUUAUUUUAAAUAACAAGAUUUUCUUAAAUACUGUUUUGGUAUUUUCUACCUCUUAAUAACACCGUAAUUUAGAUCUUGUAUAAAAAGUUUGACCAUCUGCCUUAUAGACAAAUGUAGAGAAUUCAUGUCCUUCCUUUGUGUUGUGUUCUGAUAACGCUUUGUUUUAUCUCUUCCCUAUACUUUCUUCUUACUCAUUUCACUCUUUUGUGAGCUUUGCAGCAGUCUUGAGUAAUACAGAUUAUAACUACUGAAAGGGGAAACUUUGUCUUUUUAAAUAACUUUUUAAAAUACAAAAACACAAUUUAUGCAGCAGUCGAAGUGUGUUAUCAAAGCAAUGCCAUCCUCUGCCCAGGUUACAUUAAAACCAAAGCCUGAUUUUUAAGCCUUUUGCUCUCAUGUCCAUAACAAUCCUGUGGAAUAUCAAGUAUAAUGGUGUAGUAAAAAGAUUUCUCCAGAAAACACUUACAGAUACUUAAAUAAUUCCAGAGCAUAUAGAAUUCUAUGAAUGAAAAGUAGAAUAAGUAAAGGGAAAAGAGAACGCAUGAUUUUUUUCAGUGUCACACCAAAUAACCAAGUAGUCGGACAGCAUUGCAUUUUCAAAAUGGAGUUAGCAGCCUUUUGGAAUCUGCAAGUGAGUAGCAUUUUUAAGACAAUAAAUGGCUCAUUAAAUAUUACAUCCAUUCCUUCCAUAUCAAGAAGUCAAGAUGAGUACAAUGUGAAUAUCAUUUCCAUUUCUAAGCAGUUUAAAUGACACAGUCCAAUUCUUUGGUAUGUGCUUUGUUCUUUUCUUUUCUUUUUCUUUCUUCUUUUUUUUUUUUUUUUGUUCUUUUCUUUUCAAGCAUGUAUCCAAAUUCUCCACAGACAGGAAAAGCAGGCUGUAGAUUUAAGGAUGCUCAAGGGGAAAACAAAUCUAGUUUUCACAUUCUGAAGGAAAAUGUAGACUCUUAGCGAUAUUGACUAUUAAAUGGGCCUCCUCCAGAGGCUGGCUAAAAAAAAGACAAAAAACAAAGAAACAAACCAAAAAAACCCACAACACAAGCAAGACGUGCAGCCUGAAUGGAUAUAGCUUUGUUAUACAGUAUUUGGAAAAUUUAAAAAAUUGUCCCACUGCGGUUAUCUCACUUGACCUUAUGUUUUAUUUUGGAAUCACAAGGACAAAUGGACCAAAUACCACCUUCGUAGUCAUCUUAUUUGAGAUGGAAGUGGGGAUAAAUUAGAAUAUGAUAUGGGACUGUAUGCAGACUUAAAAAGCUACUAGUGAGUACCAGCCCUAUGAAGGGCUUUUCUGAAAUGUAAACAGCUUAGGGAUGCAUCCUGUUAGAGUCUCAAAACUACCUGGAGGGGAAAUGCUUCUUUUUCCUUUCAGUCCCUAUUCUCAAAAGCACCCUCCCAUCUAAUUUGUAGUUCAAGGGCAUUUUAUAUUUUUGGGACAAAGAAAACAGAAACAUGGUAGCAUUAUUUGGGAUGAAGGGAGAUAGAAUUUAACUUUCUGGAUUUUGAAAAUCCCAGUGAAAUAAUUGCAUUCACCGCGCUAUCUGAGAUACAUGUUUUAACCUCCAUUUUAUUCCUGAUUAUUCUAUCCCGAAUUUAUGGUGAAUUAUAGAUAGAUAGAUAGAUAGAUAGAUAGAUAGAUAGAUAGAUAUACUUGGAAAUGGGACUCUGUGCAGUCAACCAUGUUGUACUUCAGAUGUGGCCGUGGCCACUAUCAAUCACCCCAAGUUGCAGGAGAAGCCAGCAGUGUCCCAUGGAGCCAGGCAGCAAGUCACUUCCCUCUGCAGGGCCCAGAGCAGAGGCUGGGAUCACCCUGAGUCAAAUGUCAUAAUCAAAAUCACAGUGCAGCUCUACAUGCGGUUCACCUCCCAGAAGACAGGCUGUUUCUUUUUCUUUCUUUCUUUCUUCCUUCCUUUCUUUCUUUUUUUUUUUUUUUUUGGAUUUUAUUUAUUCGUGAGAGAGAGAGAGAGAGAGAGAGGCAGAAACACAGGCAGAGGGAGAAGCAGGCCCUAUGCAGGGAGCCCGACAUGGGACUCGAUCCCUGGUCUCCAGGAUCUUGCCCUGGGCCAAAGACAGAUAGAUGCUCAACCGCUGCGCCAUCCAGGUGGCCCUGGUUCUGAUACAAACUAAGCAGACAGAGUUCACUUUAGGACAAGAGUCCAGGUCUCUAUCAAGUCCCUAGAGUGCCCAGAUAGCCCAGGAUCUUUGUGUGCUUCCUGUGGGAGUCUCUGGAAGAGAAAAAACAUACAAGUUAAAAAAAGUUCUUAAUGUUUACUUCAUUUGAGCUGCUGCUUUUCUCAUAUUCUACUUUUAAUUUAUUUCCAGUAAAUCACUUGCUUGGGCUUCGAGAGGACUCUCCCUCCUCUUGUAUUUUCCAGAUUUAUGAUGAAUGGUCUUAUUCUGCUAUUAACCGUGUCAAUCUGAGAAGAAAAAUAACCAAGUUUUUAUUUGGCUCUUGAACCUUGUGGCAGGCCUCCUACAUAUUCAACGAGUUAUAUUAUGCCCUCAAGCUAUCAUGGAAUAUCCUCAGACCUCUUAGUUAUGGGUAGGAGCAAUAAAGUUGUUCUUAUGAUGUUUGGGAAUAAUAGUUUCAGUGCAUUGGCAAUAUUUAUUUGAAUGUCUUUAAUUUUGAUAUUAACAUUGGCAUAAAUCUAUUUUUGCUACCAGAUGAUAGCUAUUUUCAUGCACUCAGCUUCCUUCUGCAUUGUAAGAAUCUGUUACUUGGUGUUAGUCGUUAUUUUUCUGUGUUGGAAAUAUUUAUCACAGAAGUAUCUGUAAAUCAUGACAGAAAAUGGAAACCAUUUUCUGAGACUUUUGUUUUGAGUUACACAAUGAUAAGAAGUUGCUAAUUUAUUUUAUUCAUGAUUUUAUCUUCCUCCAUUACCUUCAGAGGAUACUUUUUUUUUUUUUUUUUAAACAGGAUAUCUGUAAAUCUUCUCUCUGGCUGUGUAUAAGAUUAUUUUCUGUUUAAAUCCCACCCCUCCACCCAUACCCCAUUCUCCCCCAAAAGCUCCUACUAAUUUGUUUAUCCUCCUCAUGUAGCUAGUUGACAGUGAAUAAACAACUUGGAAAAAGGGUCA